AUGGUCAUUCCAUUUUCAAAUACAAAAUUACGUGUACCAACAGGUUUUCAAAGUCUCUUGGUUGGUUUAUCAACUGAAAUUCUUCGAAGUCAACCAAGAAAUAUUCAUGAAUUUGCUGCUGAUUAUUUUGAAAAAUUACUUCAAAGACGAGAACGACAACGACACGAAAUGGGUGCUUGUACGUCAAAAGUGAAAAAAAAUAAAGAAAAACAUCUAAAAAAUGACACAUCAACAACAAAAAAGAAUUUAACUUGUGAACAAUCAUCAUCAAUCAAUGUUGAUAAAUUUGAUAAUGUACCUUUUAUUGAUUCAGAAGAAAAAUUAGCAGCUACACCACCACGUUUAACACCUUCAACUGAUAAUGAUGAACAAACAACAGUCAAAAAUGAUUUUGAAACAAAUCAAUCAUAUUCAAAUAUUGAAACAAUUGAUAAACUUAAACAAGAAGUUUUAACAUUUGUUCGUGAAAAUAUUUUAUCAAAUAAUGACGAAAAACAAAAACUUAUUGAUUACGUACAUAAACGAAUUAUUGGUAAUGUACAAGAAAAAAAACUUAUUAAUGAAUAUCUUGAAGAAUGUUUUAAUCAUAUUCAAGAAAAUCAUCUAAUAGAUAAUGAUGAUAAAAUAAAACAACGUUUAAUGAAUAUGAUAACAAUUUAUGUUGCAUCACAAUCACCUGAUAAUUCAUUUUUAAAAGCACUUUAUGAUAAAAUGGGUUCAGCACUUGAUUUAAAUUCAUUAAAUGCUGAAAUAAAUGAACAUGAAGUUGUUAAUGUAACAGUAACAAAACGUGUACGACAAGUUUUUCUUGAUGAUUCAUCUUCAUCAAUACCAAAUCAAAAUUCAAAUACAAAAAAUACUGUUAUUCAUUUAUCAAAUAAUGAACAUAACAUUCCCGAUGAUUUACCUGAUGAUAUAAAACGUAAAGCUGAACAAUAUCUCUCAAGCAUUAUAUAUCAUUUAGAACAAGGUCAAUCAUAUUUACCUGACAAACAAACAUCACUUGAAGAUCGUUAUUACAAUAAUCAGAGUUUUCAAGAAGAAUAUCGUGUUAAUGAUCCAGAAGUAAAUAAUGCAGCAACUAAAAUUCAAGCCAAUUUUCGUGGUCAUAAAGCACGACAAAAUUUAGAAAAAAUGAAACAUGAAAAUAAAGAAAUGUUUGAUGCUGAUCAACAAGAACUUGGAUAUGGUCGUGAACAAACCGAAACACCAAAUGAAAAUGAAUAUCGAGUACCAUCUGUUGAAGAUCGCAAAUCAUCACCUUUAAUAAGUACACGUUCAGAACAACAAGAACACAAGAAAAAUAUUGUUCACAUACCAGCAGGAGCAGGAGAAAAUGAUGAAGAUGAAAAAGAAGACGAAGAAGAAGAAGAAGAAGAACCAGAAGAACCAGAACAAAUAUUUGAAAGAGAAAAUAGUGAAGCAGAAAGAGAAGAACAAGAAAUUGCUGCAAGAGCUAUUCAAGCAGGAUUUCGUGGUUCUAAAGAUCGAAGAAGUGCUCAUCGAGAACAAGAAUCACCUGGUAGUAAAGGUGAACUUGAUCAAUUAUCUGACCGACGACCAUAUCAGGAUGUUGAUAAUGAAAGAACGCCAACACCACGAUCAACUCGUCUUAGCGAAAAACUUGAUAGUGAUCGUCAUGAUCUUGGUGGAAAUUUAACUGCAGAUGAUCAAAUUGAAACGGGCGAAAACGACGAUACUGAUCGACCCCGUCUUGAACGUGAACCAACACAAUUAAGUGAAGAUUUCGAACGACAUACACAAGUUCCACGUGAUUCCGAUUUUGACCGAGAAUUACAACCAGACUACAAUAACGAAGGAGACGACAUGGAUCAUUCAAAUCUUGACAAAGCAGCUACACGUAUUCAAGCUUCAUAUAGAGGUUAUAAAACUCGUAAAGAAUUAGGUUCCAUAGGUACUCAUGAACAACAUCCAUCAUCAACAUCUCCUCGUACACACGAUGAAUAUGAUAAUGCUCAUAAUAAAAUUUUAUCAGCAUCAGCUGAAUAUAGUAGAGAACCAGAAGUUGAAGAUGAUGAUAAUGCAGCAGCUACUAAAAUUCAAGCUGCUUAUCGUGGAUAUCGAGUUCGAAAAGACUUGGAAAAAUAA